GCAGCCCUCACACACCGAGCCCAUUGUCGGAGCAUCCAUUACAGAGCUGACGUCAUGGCCUGUGCUAGGAGGGAAGAGCACUGGGCACGGGUCAGCGGAGAGUGGAACUGAGUUAGCAACACAGAGGAAUAACGAAACAACAUCAACAUGAGAGUCAGCAUGGAGAGGUUUGUUGUGGCUCUUCUUGGUGUCAUCGGGUUGACUGUGGCUUUCUCCGCAGCCACACAAGUAGGUCUGGCUGACAAAGUCCUGGUGUUCCCUUAUGAGACGGAUUUCAGCUUCGUGGCCUUGACCCCACAGAAGGAGAUGUCUCUGAAGGCCUUCACCCUCUGCAUGCGUGUUGCCACUGAGCUGCCGGAGGAGCGACAGAUCAUCCUGUUCGCCUACCGCACGGCCGACUACGACGAGCUCAACGUGUGGCGUGAAAGGGAUGGACGCGUCUCCUUCUACAUGAGCGGUGACGGCGCCUUCUUCCACCUGCCUCCCAUCACCACCUUCCGCACGAGCCUCUGCCUCACCUGGGAGUCUCGCACCGGCCUCGCUGCCUUCUGGGUGGAAGGGAAACGCAGCACCUACCAGGUCUACAAACCUGGUCACACCAUCCGUCCAAAAGGCACCAUCAUCCUGGGGCAAGACCCGGACACACCUGGAGGGUUGGAGGCCGUGCAGAGCUUCGUAGGGGAGGUGACUGAUCUGAAUAUGUACUUUGUGCUCUCCAGGAGCAUGAUUCAGGCCUGGCACUACGGACACAAGGUCCCCAAGGGAAAUAUCUUCGACUGGGGCACUAUUGAGUAUGCGCUGAACGGGAACGUGAUGGUGGUGGAUGAUGACUGACUGGUUGAGACGUCCAGUGCAGAGAGGGAUCAGGCUUUAGAGGUCCGUGUUGGACUGAUAUGUGUUUUUGUCUUUCUUAGAUUCAGUGUUGUUUUUGUUAUGACCCUCAACUCUUUUCUGUAAAGUUCACAAGUUUGUGUUUGUUAUGCUGCAUGAAGAAACUCUGGAUUUGCCAGUAUUAGUGGUAAA